AUGGGCGUGACAGAUCUGAUAGAUAGACUCAAUGCCACAGUCGGGACACUCCCAAGCCUUGAAGAGUCGGAACGUCGUCAACUGCUACAAGCAUGCGAUAAACUCAAGAAUCAACUUGAGACGCCUUUUGAUAUAGCUGCUCGUCUGGUAUUUUCGGGCCAUCAAGCAAUGGCCCUGAGACUAGGUGUUGAUCUGAAAUUGUUCGACGCGAUUGCCGCCAAAGUGGGUCGGCCUGAUGGAUCAAUCAAAACUGAUGAGCUUGCAGAGCAAACAGGAGCAGAGCCACUGCUAAUCAUGCGCAUAAUGCGAUUCCUGGCUGCCAUGUCCGUGGUCAAAGAAGUAUGCCCAGGCUCAUUUACCUCAAAGCCAUUAGCUGCUGCGCUAGUGUCAAGCUCUCCUUUAUCAGCGGCCUUGAUCCAUGGCACCCAUUUCAUGACUGUACUGUCAAAUUUGCCCGAGUACUUCCAUACCAAAGGAUGGAAGAGCCCUAGCGAUGCCUUCGAUGGACCAUUUCAAUUCGCCAUUGACUCACCCCAUUAUUUUGAGUUUUUGGGCUCUACACCAUACUAUCAGCAAGCAUUCAACACCACCAUGGCCAUGUCAUUUCGCCGCCACGGGAAAGACUGGUUUGAAUUUUUCCCAGUGGCCCAUCGACUGCAUGUAUCUAGUGACGCUGAGCCGCUGCUCGUAGAUAUCGGCGGUGGCCAAGGUGAGGAUCUGAAGAAAUUCAAAGCCCAGUUCCCCACCUUACCAGGUAAACUCUUUUUGCAAGAUUUGCCAGCAGUGGUGCAGGGGGCUCAAGAUCUGCCAGCAGGGAUUGAAGUACAAAGUCACGAUUUUUUCCAGAUGCAACCGGUAAAGAAUGCCAAAGUCUAUUUCAUGCGGACUGUUCUGCAUGAUUGGCCGGAUAAGCAGGCAGUUCAGAUCUUGGACCGUGUGCACCAUGCGAUGGACACUGAUUCCAUCUUACUGAUUAGUGAAACCAUGUUACCCGAGUCUGAUGUGCUUCUCUCGUCUGUUCUGUCUGAUAUGCAGAUGAUGGGCUCUUUUGCGUCGCUGGAGCGAACAGAAAUGCAGUGGCGGUCGCUGUUUGAACAAGCAGGGCUGGAACUGGUCAAGACGUGGCUACCGGAUGAAUGUGAUGGGAGUUCAAAGUCUUUAGCGGAGCAACCUGCUCUUUUUGAGACUCGAAAGGUUUUAAAGAACUUAACCAUUUGCGUGGAUAGACCUAUAUAG